UGCAUUUCUCCCCCACUUUUCUCUGGUCUCUUCUUUUGUAUUCUGUCCUCCCUUGCCGCCCGGGCUGCCUCUCGCCUCCACAGGGUCCGCAGGGGAGGAGGUGAGCGCGCUGCUGCGUCCAGGGCCUGCGCAGCGUAGAGGGAGGCGUUUCUCCUACUUCUCCUGGGUAAUUUGUAGAGAUUCUAUGUGAGUGCGUGAGCUUGAGGGGAAAAAGCGUAGAAUCUAGCGUUCAGCAGAGGGUCAGGGUCUUUGACGUUCCUCACCGACUGCGCAAACCUCUUGAAGCAAGUGUGAGUGUGGGGUUGAGAGUGCGCGCGCGCACACACGGGCUGGCUGCGCUUGGCACGCUUGGUGGCCCGGGGCCCCGGGGCCUGGGGUCCCGUCUGACAUCCCGAGAUUAUCGUGACGUCACAUUGAGCCUCUGGCCACCUUGGACCGGGACACCUCCGGAGCCUCACAGUCCCGCGCCGAGCCGCGCCUCGCCACCGCGCGCCUCCCGGAACCCGCGCCUUCUUCCUUCCCCUUCCCAUCCAUGGGCCCUUCUGUCUUCUGGACCCCACGGGCCGGAGGGACGCCUUCCGGGGCGCAGGGCUCCGCAGCUGGGCUGCCUUCGGCUCUGCCUUCCCUUGCACCAAGCCUGCAGAGCAACCGGCGGUGGGCUUCGGCAGCGGUGUAAGGAAGGAUACUCCGCUUGGCUAGGGGCGUGCAGCCCUGGAGCUAAGAGGGGAACUAGUAAGGGAAGAGGGACACAGGCCAAGAACAGCCACUAUGUCCUUCUCGCACUUCGGACACCCGUACGGCGGCGCUUCCCAGUUUCUGAUGUCUGCAAGCUCUGGCACCACUUGCUGCGAAUCUGCCCCACAUUCAGUCUCAGAUGUGGCCUCAGGCUCCACCCCAGCAUCCACUCUUUGCUGCGCACCCUAUGACAGUCGAUUACUGGGCAGUGCACGGCCUGAGCUGGGAGCAGCCUUGGGCAUCUAUGGAGCCCCCUAUGCAGCUGCAGCAGCUGCCCAGAGCUACCCUGGCUAUCUGCCCUAUGGUCCAGAGCCAACAGCACUGUAUGGGGCACUGAAUCCACAGUAUGAGUUUAAGGAAGCUACAGGGAGUCUGACUCCAAGCCUGGCACAACCAGGAGCCUAUUAUCCCUAUGAGCCAACUCUGGGGCAGUACCAGUAUGACCGGUAUGGUGGGGUGGAGUUAAGCAGUGCAGGACGCAGGAAGAACGCCACGCGGGAAACCACCAGCACGCUCAAGGCCUGGCUCAACGAGCACCGCAAGAACCCCUACCCCACGAAGGGCGAGAAGAUCAUGCUGGCCAUCAUCACCAAGAUGACCCUCACCCAGGUGUCCACCUGGUUCGCCAACGCGCGCCGGCGCCUCAAGAAGGAGAACAAGAUGACGUGGGCGCCCAAGAACAAAGGCGGGGAGGAGAGGAAGGUGGAGGACAGAAUGGAGGAGUCACUGGGCUCCUUGGACAGUGACACCAAAGACGUUCCUGCUAACCAGGAAGCCCAGGGACUCAGACUGAGUGACCUGGAAGACCUGGAGGAAGAGGAGGAAGAGGAGGAAGCUGAAGAAGGGGAGGAGGCGGCCGCAGCUUCAGACAGGCUGUCGGAGCUCCGUAAAAGCGCGCACUCACUCACCGCGCGGUGCACCGCAGCUCGAGAGGGCCGGUUGGAAAGCGGAAUGUGCAGCCUGGCUGUGCCCCGCUUCUCCUUGAAUGAGCCCCGGGAGUCAGGAGAAGAUGACUUCAUUGCGACAGAGCCCGGGGGGCCCACGAUGAUCUUGCACUACCCCUGCCGGGAGAAGCCACGUAUCUGGUCCUUGGCUCACACUGCGGCAGCCAGCGCUGUGGAAGGCGCUCCCUCAGCCCCGCCCAGGCCUCGCAGUCCUGCGUGCCACAUGAUUUCCGGACAGCCUCUAGGUUCCGCAACGCGACCUCUGGUCCCCAGAGACUCCACGUGCGAAGAAGAGUCUUCCCGUGAAGCCAAAAUCUUUGGAAACUCCGUGUUCGCCCUGCAGGGGCUGCCGCUGAACUGUGCGCCGUGCCCGAGGAGGAGGGAGCCUGCACUGCAGUGCCCAUACCCGUCUGGAGCAGAAGCAGGUUAGCGCAAUGGCUUCAAUUUGCAGAAGAAUCUUGGAAAUGGGCCCCUUUUGGAACUCACCUCCACAGUAACAAGCUGGAAGACCUUGAUAGGGACCGGGAAUUUGCAUUUCACCUAAGAGACAGACCCACAGAAACCGUCCUAGCUAUGUCCUUGCACGCGGAGCUGGGGGUGGUGGUCAGACCUGUCCCUAAUCUUUUGCAGAGCAGAGCGGGAGAUACAGCAUCUUGAGGAAGAAGGAGGGGGAAGCCUGGGCCAGUCCACCUACUGCAAGGACGCUACCAAAUCUCCUUCGCCCCUCUGGAUAAAGCGCCUGACCUCCUUCCACUCUUGCCCACCCCUACCUUUCACCCAGCUCCCUCCACUUUGUAACUUCAUUGCUCUUCUGGUCCCCAAGGACCACCUGCAUCUUCUCCCAGCCUUUGCAUCCUUUAAAAUAAUCACGCCUAA